AGCGCCACAUCGCCAAAUUCUGAACUGGAUGUGCUGGAGCCCACUCAGGGUAUGCCACUCGAGGUGGCCGUCUCCUUUCUGCAACGUCUCGUCAAUAUGGCGGAUGUACUAAUCUUUGCUACUUCGUUGAAUUUCGGCGAACUCGAAGCGGAGAAGAAUAUGUCCAGCGGUGGUAUAUUGCGUCAAUGUUUGCGUCUGGUGUGCACGUGUGCAGUGCGCAAUUGUUUGGAGUGUAAGGAGCGUACACGCUACAAUGUAGGGGCAAUGGCGCGUGAUGUGCCCGGUGCAGCGCAUCUACAGGCGCUUAUACGUGGCGCACAAGCAUCACCCAAGAAUAUUGUUGAGUCAAUAACAGGUCAAUUAUCCCCAGUCAAGGAUCCUGAGAAGCUUCUGCAGGAUAUGGAUGUCAAUCGUUUGCGUGCCGUUAUCUAUCGGGAUGUG